CUGUUCCUCUACGGCGCCGUCUCUCCACGCCGGUGAGUCAGCGCGGGCCGGUGGCGCCCGCCCGCCCCCCGCGGCAAAUGUGCAAUACCAAGAUGUCCUCCCUUACGGAUGCCUCUGCCGCCACUUCGGAGCAAGAGGCGCUGGUUAAACCAAAGCCACUGCUGUUGAAAUUGUUAAAGUUAGCUGGUGCUGAAAAGGACACUUUUACUAUGAAGGAGGUAAUAUUCUAUAUUGGACAGUAUAUUAUGUCUAAGCAAUUAUAUGAUGAAAAACAGCAGCAUAUUGUACACUGUGCAAAUGAUCUCCUGGGGGAGUUAUUUGGAGUAACAAGCUUUUCAGUAAAAGAACACAGGAGGCUAUAUUCAAUGAUUUCCAGAAAUCUGAUAGCAAUCAAUCAACAAGACUCUACCCUUGGCGACACACCUGAGGAUGAUGCCACAUCUCAGCUUGAAGAAGAAAAUGUUGUUAAGGAAUCUAGGCAAGAGUUAGAAGAGAACCAGACUUCAUCAAGCCUGACUUCCCAACCAACUACAUCUUCUAGGAGGAGGACACACAGUGAAUCUGAAAAAAGUUCUUCAGAUGACCUGCACAGUGACAGAAGAAAGCGACACAAGUCAGAGAACAUUUCGGUGACAUUUGAUGAAAGUCUCUCAUGGUGUGUAGUCAGUGGUCUGUGCCGUGAAAGAAGCAAUAGCAGUGAUUCAACAGAUUCUCUUUCCAUUCCUGAUCUUGAUGCUAGUUCAUUAAGUGAAAACUCAGAUUGGUUUGACCAUGGUUCUGUAUCAGACCAGUUCAGUGUGGAGUUUGAAGUUGAGUCUAUUUAUUCAGAAGAUUACAGCCAUAAUGAAGAAGGGCAGGAGCUCACUGAUGAAGAUGAUGAGGUUUAUCAGCUGACUAUUUACCAGGAUGAAGAUAGUGAUGCUGAUUCAUUUGAUGAAGAUCCAGAGAUUUCUUUAGCUGAUUAUUGGAAGUGUCCCGAAUGCAAUGAAAUGAAUCCUCCGCUUCCACGACAUUGCCACAGAUGCUGGGCCCUUCGUGAGGAUUGGCUUCCAGAUCAAAAGAGUGAGAAACUGGAAAAGAGCAAAUUAGAAACCUCCUUUUCUGCAGAGUCUGGAGAAGGUUUUGAUGUUCCUGAUUGCAAGAAAGCAAAAAUGACUGAAGAUAAAGAACCAGCUGUGGAUGAGAAUGAGGAUAAAUCAGUACAGCUUUCUGAGUCCCAGGAAAGUGAAGGUUAUUCCCAGCCAUCAACAUCAAGCAGCAUGUUCUGUAGCAGUCAGGAGGACUUUAAGGAACCUGAGAAGAGAGAAAUGCAAGACAAAGAGGAAAGCAUGGAGUCCAGUCUGCCUGUUACCAGCAUAGAGCCGUGUGUCAUAUGUCAAAGCAGACCUAAAAAUGGCUGCAUAGUACAUGGCAAAACGGGACACCUCAUGUCAUGUUUUACCUGUGCAAAAAAGCUCAAGAAGAGGAACAAACCCUGCCCAGUGUGCAGGCAGCCCAUACAAAUGAUUGUGCUAACUUAUUUUAGUUAGACAUGUGUUGACUGGAAAGCAGCAAAAGAAACUUCAGAAACUGGUUAAGAGAGUAAGAAAUUAUUUUUGUAUGCUUAUUGGAAAAUUAAUAUUUUGUGUCUCUUCGAGUUCUGUGUGAAAAAUAAUUACUGACAUAACUGCACUGGAGUUAUUAAGAGGUUUGCCUAAUGCUCAGAAGUCAACUUGGAGAUUUUAAAUCCCUCUCAGUAGAAGUAACCAGGUCCUGUAAACCGCCUCAUCUCCAAGUGUUUUAAUGUUCCAUGCAAGUUAGUGACAUUUGUUUUAUUGAAUUAAAUACGUGCAUUAAAACCCCAAAUUCAAUAGUUGUUGGAGGAGAGACAUGUUGAAGUGUGUAUUUCUGCAAAUUCUUCAUUUAAGAAAAUAUAUGAUUAUCCAGGUUCCAGUUUUUGUUGCUUGGUGAAAACAUAAGGCUCAGUCAGACUCCUCUGCCUAUGUGCAGCAUGAAACAAGUCUCAACAGACAAGAUAAAUGAAGGAUAUGCUAUGAACUGUCAUGUCAGGUAGUAGUAGGGGACAGUUGUUUUCUUUUUCUGCACUUGUUUCUGACUUAGCAGAAUACAUUCAGCUGCAUUGCUGCGUUCACUGUAAUAAAAAUAGAAAAGAAAUUCCCCUUCACCUGUAGAAACAUUUAAGCUGUGCAGUUCCAGUUCACAUUCUUUAAGUGCAGUAGUCUUUCCAACUCACUGUUCUUAUCUGUGUCACAAGAAUUCUGAAAAUCUUUUGCAAGGUGCUUGGCCAAUUCAAAGUUGGUCUUUUUAGACCUGUCAUUUGCUGCUUUUAGCUCUUGUCUCCUCACUGUACUUUGUCAAAAACUUGGUGAAACGUACCAGUUCUGUGCCCAGGGAGUCUGCUGCCUGCCUCAGUUCUGGGGGCCUUAAGGCAAGGUAGAGUGUGGGAGCCAGGAUGCAGUAAAAUUCACUCAGCUGCCUUUCACAUGGAGUUUCUGUACCCUGCGAGUGAUUCUUACUCCUUUGGAAAACUAUGUUACAAGAGGACUUGUAUAUUUUUAGUACCUUUUAUUUUUACAUGUGGUUGCUGAUUGUGUGACCAAUAGGAAUG